AACAAUACUACUUUCCUUUUCUCCUUUCUCUCUACACACUACUUUUGCCUUUUUUUUUUUUAUUAAAUAAAAAUAUUUCUUCCUUCUAUAGAUUAUAAAAAAAAACCAAAAAUUAUUCAUAAAUUUAACUAAAUUUAUUAGACUUUAGUCUAUGGAUAACCAAAGAAGUACUCUUCUUAAUUGGACUUACUUCUGCCAAGGCAAGGGCAUGGAUGAGCUAAGCCAGACACUGUUGCUGACUACAAUGGAGCUGGAGAACACAAGGUUGAAAGCUCAAGAAGAGCUAAAAAUCAGAGAAGAUGAAAUAAACCAGCUUAAAGAUUUGUUAAACAGAACCAUCAAUGAGAAAAAUGAAGCUCAAGAGAAAUGCCAAAAACUAAUCUUGGAAAAACUCAUGUUUCAACAGCAGCAGCAGCAACAACAUCAUCUGGUGUUUCAACAAACAGGUCCAUUAUCUGGUGUUUCAAGCAUUGAAGAUGAACCAAUACUAAACAGAUCAUUUUCAUCUUCAGAUUGUGAUGAAAGCAUUGUUUCAUCUCCACAAGAAAAAGAUCAACAACAACAAGAUUUGCCUAUUCUUGUAGACAAACCAUUACCUGAAAAUGGAAAAUUUUUACAAGCUGUUAUGCAAGCAGGACCACUUUUACAAACACUCCUUCUUGCUGGUCCUUUACCUCAAUGGCGCCACCCCCCACCCCCAAUGGACUCCUAUGAAAUCCCACCACCCCCUGUGGUUAUACCAUGUCAAGAUCCAAUUUUUAAUGUUUUUAACAACUGUGGAAGACUAAACAAGAAAAGGGGUAGUGGUGUUCUUUUUGAUGAUUCUAACAUUGGAAACAAAUACCAAAGGGUUGUGCUUUGAGUUUCCAAAUGAAAAAAAAAAAAAGAUACAAUUUUUAGUACUAGUAAGAAAAAAAAAGAACUGAUUUUAGAAAUUUUUGUACAAAAUUGAAGAGGUUUGGUUUAGGAAAGUGAGUGAGGGGAAAGAAGAAAAAGAUUAUUGUUUUGAGCUAUUUUUAGUUUUUUGUUUCUUUUUUUUGGGUUUGGUUAGUAAUAGUAUGUUGGUUGGAUUGUCUCUUUCCUUCAAUAUUAUUAUAAUCAUUUAGAGUUUGAUGAGUGA